CAAGAAUGUACGGCGUAUCAACAACGAGCUACUGCAUGUGUUGGUUGGUAGCUCCUUAGUAAGAUGCAGCGGCGAAGGUUGACAAGCGUGACAGUCUACAUACAGUGCGCAAUAGCUAUUGUGCUCGCACACGGAGCGAAUGCUAGCGGGUAUGAGAAUUACUUGCCUGUUACUAGGGCCAAUUGCACCGUUGCUCCCAGUUCUAGACCACCGAAAUGCCGCACUGAUGAUUUGAACCUAAACUUGGAAGUCACUAGAGUAGUUUGUUGUCCAGUAGGUUGGCGGUCCCGGGGGAAAAGUCACUUCGUCCGAAUCUAGUCGCUGUCUCUCCGACUUAGCGAAGAACUAGUGAGGUUUGCGCAGGGCCAGAUAGAUGAGACCGUCAGUCAAGUAAUGAGC